AGCACUGGGCCUGGCCCCACAUCCAGGCCCCAGGACCUCCAGUCCAAUGGUGCCUUCUUCCUCCCAGUCACACUUUCCCCUCCAGCACUAAGGGCUAAACCAGGAGGGGCUGACAGCCCAGGCGAGUCCUGGCGUGUGGCCGAGCAAUCUUGAGGGCACCGAGGAUUAUCCUGAGAUGAGACUCUCAUAAGCCCCCCAAAGCCAGGUGAGGCAGAAUCAACAUCAGCGUCCCUGCCACCAGUGCUUCACUGGUUCACACACUUUGGGCUUCAGCCAGGACCAGGCACCCUCGGGAGUCAGGAGCCAGCAUCUCAGGCCUGCGGCCAAGGUUUCUCUGGAGAAAAACCCAUGAGAGGCUGGUUCAAGGCUCUUACAGGCCUUAACCCUGAGCCGCCGCCACCUACGCACCAUGUUGAAGACGUCAUUGCUUGGAAGGGACUACAGUAGUGAGCCCAACUCCUUGGACAACGGGGCCAAGUCGCUCUCAGAGAGUAGCAGCACCACCACUUCAGAGAAGGUCCAUCCUGCUGAGGAAGCCAACGGAUUAACGAUGGUACAAACCUUGAUCCAUUUAUUGAAAUGCAACAUUGGCACAGGGCUCCUGGGGCUUCCCCUGGCCAUGAAAAAUGCUGGCUUAUUGGUCGGUCCUAUCAGCCUGCUGGCCAUCGGGAUCCUCACUGUGCACUGCAUGGUCAUUCUGUUGAAUUGCGCUCAUCACCUCAGUCAGAGACUGCAAAAGACUUUCGUGGACUACGGAGAGGCCAUGAUGUACAGCCUCGAAACCUGCCCAAACGCCUGGCUGAGGACCCACUCGGUGUGGGGAAGGUACACUGUCAGCUUCUUAUUAAUCAUCACCCAACUGGGCUUCUGCAGUGUUUAUUUUAUGUUUAUGGCAGACAAUUUACAACAGAUGGUGGAAGAAGCCCAUGUGACCUCCAACACCUGCCAACCCAGGAAGAUCCCAGUGCUGACCCCCAUCCUGGACAUUCGCUUCUACAUGCUGACGAUCCUGCCCUUCCUGGUCCUGUUGGUGUUUAUCCAGAACCUCAAGCUGCUGUCCAUCUUCUCGACGCUGGCCAACGUCACCACCCUGGGGAGCAUGGCUCUGAUCUUUGAGUAUAUUGUGCAGGGGAUUCCAGAUCCCAGCAGACUACCCUUGAUGGCAAGCUGGAAGACCUUCUUGCUGUUCUUUGGUACAGCCAUCUUCACAUUUGAAGGCGUCGGUAUGGUGCUGUCUCUCAAAAACCAGAUGAAGCAACCACAGCAGUUUUCUUUUGUUCUGUACUUGGGGAUGUCCCUUGUCAUCAUCCUCUACAUCUGCCUGGGGACACUGGGCUACAUGAAGUUUGGGUCAAACACCCAGGCCAGCAUCACCCUCAACUUGCCCAAUUGCUGGUUGUACCAGUCUGUCAAGCUGAUGUACUCUAUCGGCAUCUUCUUUACCUACACUCUCCAGUUCCACGUCCCCGCCGAGAUCAUCAUCCCCUUUGUCAUCUCCCAGGUGUCAGAGAGCUGGGCACUGUCUGUAGACCUGUCUGUCCGCACAGCCUUGGUCUGUCUGACCUGUGUCUCAGCCAUCCUCAUCCCCCGCCUGGACCUGGUCAUCUCCUUGGUGGGCUCCGUGAGCAGCAGUGCCCUUGCCCUCAUCAUCCCGCCCCUCCUGGAGCUCAUCACCUUUUACCCAGAAGACAUGAGCUGUGUCACUAUUGCAAAGGACAUCAUGAUCAGCAUCCUGGGCCUUCUGGGGUGUGUAUUUGGAACAUACCAAGCCCUCUAUGAGUUGACCCAACCCAUCAACCAUUCCAUAGCCAACUCCACAGGUGUCUAUGCAUAACUAUCUAUUUUUAUUUUAAUAGUUCUCCCUUCCUCCCAUCCCCAAUUUGAUUUCCAUUGUGGAUGUUAUAUACAUUCAUCAAACCCCAACAUCUCUAUAUUAAUUAGCCGCUUCUUCAUUUUUCCAAGAGAAAUGUAGAUGACACAAGUCAGUACUGAUCCCUCUCAGGUUGUGCCUUUUUGGUUUGGAUAUCUUUGGAGGUCUUUUGUAUCUCUGAACCAAAACCACAUUCAACCAUUUGUAUUAUCAGCCUCAUUUAUGGGGAAAAGGGAUCCCGGGAAACAGAGACCAAUCAUGAAUGCAAGUGCAAAGUCAGUGGUCUCUACUCUUCAGUAGCUGCCCUUUAAGUGUCAGAUUUAGAAAAGUAUAUGUUGGAGAAAGGGGGUUUUCUAUAUACUCUUCUAAGUGGAAGAGUCAUAUACAGAACAAAACUAGAACUUAGCAGUAAUUUUGUCCAACCAUUGGCUGUGCCACUGAUGUCCUAUGGGAUCUAGGGCAAGUUCCUCCCUCUCUCUGUGUCAGUUUCCCUGUCUAUGAAAUGAAGGAUUGGACCUAUUGGUUAUUAAGGGCUCCUCCAGCUCUGACAUCCUGAAAGUGAAAAAAAGAAAAUAAUUUAUCCUUUAACCACA